AUGGUUAGUUGGUGGGACGAAACGCGUGAUGCGGGCAAUUUCAUGAACUUGCCGGCUCUUGAUCCCGAGACAGGAUUGGGAGGAAACGGCACCGGUCCGGAUAAUUGUGUUACUGAUGGUCCUUUCGCAAAUUCCACUCUCGAUAUUGGUCCCGGUCAAACCUUGACUGAUCAUUUCUUGUCCCGCAAAGUCAAUGAGAUUAACAGCACCCUCGGUAACGAAACCUAUGUUCAGGAAUGCCAUGAUAGGAGCACCUACCUCGAUUUCUGGGAGUCAACCGGUUUCACAACCCACGGCGCCGGUCACAGUAGAGUCGGAGGAGUUAUGGAGGAUAUUGAUGCAAGCCCUGGUGGCCCUUCUGCCCAGGGCGGAACUGGAGAAACAACUUUGGACUAUAUCAUGACUACCUACGGCAUUCGUCCCAAUGGUACUGUCAAGGAGGUCAUGGGUAUUUAA